AUGAGUACAUCAUCUACCAAUCAGACCGUGGCCAUAAACUAUCGAGACGCUUUCGCCAAUGUUGUGCCAAAGAAUGUGUUUGUUGUGGUUCUCUGCAUCUCCAUCAACUACAUCAAUGUAGCACUGAUGCAAACAUUUUCCAAAAACCAGAUCUUUUAUACAAAUCCACGGUACAUCCUGUUCUUGCACCUGAUACUCAACGAUAUGAUCCUAGUAACACUGAGCACCAUGAUGUUCGUCAUCAGCUACGUCCUCAUCAGGAUAAAUGUCUCUGUCUGUUGUGUGCUCACCCUGCUUGCUGUUUUAGUCACUGAAAACACCCCUCUGAAUCUGGCUUGCAUGGCAGUGGAGUGCUACAUUGCCAUCUGCAUCCCUCUUCGUCACGUCCAAAUCUGCACUGUCAAAAGGACGUUAAUUUUAAUUGGUUUAAUUUGGAUGACCAGCAUGCUGUCUGUUCUUCCUGAUCUCUUCAUCAGCUUGGCCACAAUGCCACUGGAUUUCUUUAAUUCUCGUGUGUUUUGCAUCAAAGAAACAGUCUUUCGAAUUCCCCAGAUUAUCAAGAAGAGGGAUAUCACCUAUAUAGUUUAUCUGGUUAUUGUCUGGUUUAUUAUCUUUUUUACGUACUUCAAAAUCCUGUUCACCGCAAAAACAGCAAGCCAAGAUGCUACAAAGGCCAGAAAUACAAUUAUUCUCCAUGGUUUUCAGGUGUUGUUGUCUAUGUCGAUGUAUAUAGAGCCCCCACUGAAGGAGGCGCUGCUGAAAUGGCUUCCUCAAUAUUAUUCAGAUUCCCUUUUUGCUUGUUAUAUUAUUUUCCAGAUCCUACCACGAGCAAUUAGUCCAAUAGUUUAUGGAGUAAGAGACAAAACUUACAGGAAGUACCUGAAAAAAUAUCUGUUAUGUAAAAUGAGCUCCUAG